AUGAUCUAAGAGAUUACAAAUUUUUAGAUUCAAGAGAGUCCUAGUUGUAUGGAUAUAUCAAAAGAGUUUAUGGCUAUUGGGACAUUGGAUGAAAAUAUAUAUCUCUACUCUCAACCAUUUCAAUUGAAAUCAAAUGAAACCAUAUUACAAAAUCAUCUUUUAGGAGUCAUAGAUUUAUCCAUCAAUGCUGAUGAAACCUAAAGUACUUAAUUAAGAUAAUAAUAAUAUCAGUUGUGGUCUCUUCAUUAGAUAAUUAUCUAAGAAUAUGGGAUAUUGAUGAUAAGAAGUUGAUUUCUGAAAUAUAAUGUGAUGCAUUUGCCAAUUGGAAAGUGAGAUUUGUUGAUUCAUCAACAGUUGUAACUUCUGGAGAGAUGGGAAUCAUAAACUUUUAUCAUAUAGAUACAAAAGAGAAAAUAUAAAAAAUAGAAACAGAUCCAAUAUAUUAUAGUUGUUCCUUAUAGAUUAAUGAUUAAUUAUUAGCAGUUGGUAAUGAAGGAGGUGCUCUAUAUUUAAUUGAUUAAAGUUCAUAGAAGAAAGUUAUUAAACCUCAUUCUAAAGCAAUUAAGACAUUAUUAUUUAUGGAUAAUAAUAAAAUAUUAACAGGAUCUGAUGAUGGAUUAAUAAAAUUAAUAGAUUUAGAAAAAAGUGAAAUAAUUCAAUAAUUUAGAGGACAUAAAUAUGGUGUUAUGGAUUUGAGUAAAAUAAAUGAGAAAGUAUGAAAAUUGUAGAUUAUUCAGUCUUUUGUCAGUUGCUCAACAGAUAGAACAAUACGCGUUUGGGAUAUGAAUCAAAUCUAUUCUUAGAAACAUAUAUAAACAAUGAAUGACAAACCAGGAGGAAUAAGUGGUAUAAGAUACAAGAAUGAUUAAAUCAUAGCUGCUCAUGAUUGUGGCAUAAUAUGUUUUUAUGCUAUAUGAUAAUUGUUAUGUGUGGUAUAUGUGGUAUAUGUGGU